CAUGUUACACGCUUCAUUUUAAAUGCAUAUUGUUAUACGAGACUAUUUUCAUAUGCGUUACUUCGUGAUGUACGAAACAUUAUUCGAUCUUACAGACGUGUAAUACACUUUUAAGAUAACUGUGAUUGAUUAUACGAGACUAUGCACAUUACCAAAGAUUCGACGUGACCAAUUUUCCACGGAAUAUUUUGACAUAUUAAUACAGGCUACAAGUUUAAGUUUUAUUUGUUGCAAUGAGUUGGCGUAGACCACAGGAAUGUUUUGAUCAGUUAGAAGAGGCUGUAAAUAGAAAUGAUACAGUUGUCGUAGAAAGAAUUGCACGUAACUACGUGACAUUAGGGGACGGCUGCGACAUACGACAAGGGUGUUUGGAAGCACUCUGUACAAUUGCCCUUAAAAACAAAUGUCUACCUAAUGUGAAAUUAUUGUUUACCCCCGAGAGUAUGGCUAACAAUAUGGGCACCUGUAGACAACUGAUGAAAGCUGCAAUAGAAUCGAAUUUCGCGGAGGGUGUUAAAUUCCUACACUCAAAAGGAGUGCCACUUUAUAUGUCACAAACGGGGACAUUUUACUGGAGCGCCUUGGUUGAAUGCGUCGAAACCAAUAAGGUCGGGGUGUUAAACUAUCUUCUUGGAUUAAAAGAUCUGGAUAAAAAUCCUGACAAAUCCAAUACCUUAUUAAUGUUAUGUUGCCAACAUCUAAAUAUUGAAAGUUUGAAGAUAUUGUUGAACAGUGAACUUAUAAAUACAAUCAAUCAACAGACAAAGAAUUUUCAUCAGUCUGUCCUACACGUUUGCAUAGUUGGAGGGUACUGUUAUAAGAAAAUGGGAAGAUUUGUUAAAAGAAAACCGGAGAGAGUUCAUGAUUGUGUACAAUUACUGGUAGAUGCAGGGGCGGAUAUUAAUCUACAAGAUAUUGAUGGAAAAACACCUAUCCAAAUUGCUGCUGAACGUGGUAUGGUCACAACGGUAAUGUAUUUAGCACAAAGAGAAGCAAACCUUGAUAGUAGAAGCCAUCAUGAUACCCUUCUUCAUUCUCUUGCAAAGAGAUACGGCAUUUCAGAUUAUUCCGAUGAAUGUGUUCAGCUAUUAAUAAUGAAAGGGGUUGAUAUAAACAAACUGAACUCAUAUAAUGAAACGCCACUGUAUUUAGCAGUAUGUCAAGGAAAUGUAGAGAUGGCGAAGUCGUUAAUUAAAUCAGGUUGUAAUGUCAAUAUUAAAGUAGGCCAGGGCGUGGCACCAAUUUUACUGGAGUCAAUAAGAAGACAAGAGACGACUAUUGCUGAAAUGCUGAUUAAAGCUGGAUGUGAUGUUAACAGCACGGAUACAAACGGCAUCACACCUUUAAUGACAUACGUCAAAAUGAAUAACCCGAAUAUGGUAAAUAAUUUACUGAACGCUGGUGCUGAUGUUAAUCUCAGUGAUAACGAUGGAAGGACGGCUUUGAUGGCAGCAGCAAGAAACUGUAAUAGACCUAUUUUAGAAUAUUUACUAAAUGCUGGAGCUGAUGUUAAUAAAACCGAUACACACGGACGAUCAGCCAUACAUGGUAUAAUGGUUGGUGGUGAUAAGAGUCGCAAAUGGAUUAAGUGUCUAAAAUUACUUUUGAUCAAUAAAUGUCAUCCGUCCUCUCUGGAUACUCCAGGAGAGGAUGGAAAAACGUUAUUCCAAUGGUUACUGGAAAAAAACAAAAAAGAUCUCAUAUGGUAUCUCGUAACGGAAAAUUGUUCACUCAAAGGUUUGGAUCUUUCAAAGGUCAAAGAUAAAUUUCAAUUUUCCGAUAUGUUGAUGCAUUCUGAAAUUCUUUUUGAAAGUGGUGCACCGAAGAGUGAACUAGAGACCAUUAUUUUGUUAUCGAUAAAGAACGAUAUUUUGUUAUCGGUUUUCAAUGAUGGUUUGUCGCUUUCCGCAUAUAAGUCGAUGCUGGAAGAAUCUAAAGAUAAACAACUGGAUGAAUUCCGUUGUUUCUGUAAAUCCAGAAGUUUAAAGUCAAGAUGCAGGAGAGAGAUCAGAAACUGUAUCGGAUCAGGAAUCAGCAGUAAAAUAUCACAAGUUGGUUUACCAAAAUGUCUACAAGAUUAUGUCGUCAUGAAGGACUUGAUACCCGAGAAAUACUUUACUCUUGUAAUAAACGAUUAAGAUGAUGAUGGAUAUGAUUCUAUAUGAUAGAAGCUAUUCUUAUUAUGAACCAGACUACUUUUCUGACACUUACAUUGAUUUAUCUGACUGAAGACAUUAUAACCGUAACUACUAACUCUUUGUAGUUUAAAUAAUCCCCUCUGUAGCAGAAGUUUUUGUAAGCGAGAAAUUAAUUUUUAGUAAAACCGGAAGUGAUAUAGUUGGUUCAACACGCUUACUGGGCUCUAUAGUAACCAUAGAUUUGGCAUAAGUUUACUGCUCUAUUGUGUUCACGAGUCGUCUUUUGGCCAAAAAUCUGAUCAAUUGGGCUGUUUAUUAGGAUAGUAUAAACACGAAUUUAUGGGUUUUUUUUAAAGUAGCUAAGUCUAUAACUCAAUAUCACCCAUAAGUCUUACACGUUGAACACAAGAAGUAUGUCUCAAUUCAAAUCAACAUUGAUUUUGUUAUUGUAGCGAUUCGACCCCCUGACCCUUAAUGCUGUAUCGCGCCCUUUCCCCACAGGCUUCCAGGCAAACGUGCUACACAAAUAUAUGUGGAUUGUUUGUUCCCAGCCUAGCACUACGAUCGAAAGAUUGACACAAGCCAAGUUUAAAAUCUCAACAAUUUAUUAACAGUUAAGAAAGACUGUAAUAUAUAUAUAUAUAUAUAUAUAUAUAUAUAUAUUAAUACUAUGUAAUAAUUAUAAAUACAUGCAAUGUAUUAUAUUUUACAAUUCAGUUAAGCUUGUAAGCUAUAGGCUAUAUUUACUAUACUUAGGCCUAUAUAAUAUGUAAUAAUUUAUAAAUAAAAAUAAGAUGCUUGUAAGCUAUAAUAUUAAUGAAUGAGUGAUUGCUAUAAGCUAUCAAGCAAAUCGGGCAGGUCACCGAUGGCAACACGUUAUAAGCGGAACUGUUAUAAAUAAAACAAGUUCAUAAGUUGUAUUAGUAUUAAUAAUAAUAUAGGCCUAUCACUAACAGUGAGUUGUCAAUA